AUGAAUAUGUCAACUGCACAAAAUAAAAAGUGUAGUAAAUGUGACAAAAUUGUCUAUCCAACAGAAGAAAUCAAAUGUCUUGAUAAAUUUUGGCAUAAAGGAUGUUUAAAAUGUACAGUGUGUGGAACGACACUUAAUGUCAAAAAUGUCAAGGGUUAUGAUAAAAUGCCAUAUUGCAAUGGGCAUUAUCCACAACCAAAGCCAACUGUUGUUGUUGAUAAUCCAGAAAUGCAACGUAUUCGAUUACUUACAGAUAUUCAAAGCAAUGCGAAAUAUCAUGAAGAUUUUAAUAAAAGUAAAGGAAAAUUUACUGUUGUAACUGAUGAUCCAGCACUAAUACGAGCUAAAGAACAACAACGCAUGGUUAGUCAAGCAGAAUAUACAGGCAAACGAAAAGAUAGUACAUCACAAGUUCUUGCUCAAGACAAUAAUCAACAACCCAGUGGAAAUAAUACUAACAAUCGAGGUUUUAAAACAUCUGAAGCAGCAGUAGGUCGUGUGGCUGAUUAUGAUCCGAUCAAUGAUGAUCGUGGUUCAUUAGCAAGAGGUUAUGAACCAACAGCAAAAAUUAUGCAUUCUACUACAUAUGACAUAAAUCAAAAAAGUUCCGCUCAAUCAAAUACAAAAUUUAAUAAUAUUAACAGUAGUGGAAAUGAAAAUAAAAGUUCACAUAAUACAUAUGAAAAUGCACAACAAAUUUCAACAAAAAAUAUUCAUCAUGAUGAACAACAUUCACAUGGUGAUACUCAAUCUACACAGAUGAAAGUUCGUGCACUUUAUUCAUAUACUGCAGCUGAAUCGGAUGAAAUUAGUUUUGAUGAAGGUGAUAUUCUUGUUCAAUGUGAACAGGUUGAUGCUGGUUGGAUGUUAGGUCAAAAUCCUAAAACAGGUCAACAAGGUCUACUUCCAUCGAACUAUGUGGAAAUUAUUGAUUGA